CCGCGCACUGCUACUGCGGCCACCAGUUUGGCCAGUUUGCCGGACAGCUGGGCGACGGCGCCGCCAUGUACCUGGGCGAGGUGUGCACGGCCGCCGGCGAGCGCUGGGAGCUGCAGCUCAAGGGCGCUGGCCCCACGCCCUUCUCCAGACAGGCCGACGGGCGCAAAGUGCUGCGGUCAAGCAUCCGUGAGUUCCUGUGUAGCGAAGCCAUGUUCCACCUGGGCGUCCCCACCACGCGGGCCGGGGCCUGUGUCACGUCCGAGUCCACGGUGGUGCGUGACGUGUUCUAUGAUGGUAAUCCAAAAUAUGAACAGUGCACGGUUGUGUUGCGUAUAGCUCCCACUUUCAUCAGGUUUGGAUCCUUUGAGAUUUUUAAGCCCACAGAUGAGCACACUGGGCGUGCGGGUCCCAGUGUGGGAAGGAACGACAUCCGUGUGCAACUGCUCGACUACGUGAUCAGCUCCUUUUACCCUGAGAUCCAGGCUUCCCACCCCGGCGACAAGGUGCAGAGGAAUGCCGUGACUCGGCGCACAGCCAGGACAGUGGCGGAGUGGCAGUGUGUGGGCUUCUGCCACGGCGUCCUCAACACUGACAACAUGAGCAUCGUGGGCCUCACCAUUGACUAUGGGCCCUUCGGCUUCCUGGACAGGUACGACCCCCAGCACGUGUGCAACGCCUCUGACAGCGCUGGGCGCUACGCAUACAGCAAGCAGCCUGAGGUGUGCAAGUGGAACCUGCAGAAGCUGGCCGAGGCCCUGGAGCCAGAGCUGCCCCUGGAGCUGGGAGAAGCCAUCGUGGCCGAGGAGUUCGAUGCAGAGUUCCAGAGGCACUACCUGCAGAAGAUGCGCAGGAAGUUGGGCCUCGUGCACAGGGAGCAGGAGGGGGACAGGGCGCUGGUGGACCAGCUCCUAGAGACCAUGCACCAGACUGGUGCCGACUUCACAAACACCUUCUGUCUGCUGAGCUCUUUCCCAGCUGAGCCAGAGUCUCCGAGCCUGGACGAGUUCCUGGCCAUGCUGACCUCCCAGUGUGCUUCCCUGGAGGAGCUGAAAGUGGCCUUCCGACCCCAGAUGGAUCCCCGGCAGCUCUCCAUGAUGCUGAUGCUGGCACAGUCGAACCCGCAGCUCUUUGCACUCAUCGGCACCCGGGCCAACGUCACAAAGGAGCUGGAGCGCGUGGAGCAGCAGUCCCAACUAGAGCAGCUGAGCCCAGCCGAGCUGCAGAACAGGAACCGUAGCCGCUGGGCCGCCUGGCUGCAGAAGUACAGGGCACGGCUGGUCACGGACAUGGAGGGUGUGGGCGACGCUGCAGCCUGGCAGGCUGAGCACGUGCACGUGAUGCGGGCCAACAACCCCAGGUACGUCCUGAGGAACUACAUCGCACAGAACGCCAUCGAGGCUGCCGAGAAGGGAGACUUCUCAGAGGUACGGCGGGUGCUAAAGCUGCUUGAGACCCCUUACCACAGCGAGGGGGUGGCCUCCGAGGCACCUGCGGCCCCUGAGUCCGAGGAGGCUGGCGGGGCGGCUGGCGGGCAGCACUACUACAGCAGGCCUCCCCUCUGGGCAGCAGGGCUGUGUGUGACGUGAUCUUCGUAG